GGAGAGAGAGUGAGAGAGAGCCGGAUCUAUCCGUCGCCAUUACUGACUGGAAUGAGAGGGGAGGGGAUGGCUCUCCGAUUACACGCAUACCACUCUUAUUGCUAGAAAACACCAAAAACAAACACUUUCGGAAAUUCACCGAUUAUUCCAAUCACCCACGGACUAAAAGACAACCGGAAUUUAUUUUGGGACCAAAUCAUUGGAAAUUAAGGCAAAUAGUUGGAAUGCCACCUCCUGUCUGUGGUGUCGGGAGCUGGGAGCGACCAUGUUAGGAAGGUGAUAAGAGGGGAAAGAUCAGUCGUCCGGGACAGAUGAUCCGCAUUAAAGAUACAUCGGCUCAUUCACAGUGAGACGCGGAAAUGCACCUGCACUAGCAAAUGGAAGUACGCGAUUGCCUUUUCGGCAUACUCCGCUCUGCGUAACAAGCAAUGAGAGGGGCGAUAUAAUGGCCAAGAAUAAGGAGCCCCGUCCGACGUACGCCAUCAGCGUUGUCGGGCUCUCAGGCACGGAGAAAGAGAAAGGCAACUGUGGUGUAGGAAAAUCCUGCCUAUGCAACAGAUAUUUACGCGCCAAGGCCGACUGCUACUACUCGGAGCACACUUCUGUUUUGAGCACAAUUGACUUUGGAGGGCGCGUGGUAAAUAAUGAUCACUUCUUGUACUGGGGUGAAGUGUCACAUCGAGGAGAUGAUGGCCUCGAGUGUAGAAUUCAUGUCAUUGAGCAGACCGAGUUUAUCGAUGACCAGACCUUUUUGCCUCAUCGGAGCACAAAUUUGCAGCCCUACACCAAACGGGCGGCAAAUACAAAGCUUCAGUCAGCUGAGAAACUCAUGUACAUUUGCACAGACCAGCUCGGUUUAGAACAGGACUUUGAUCAGAAACAGAUGCCCGAUGGCAAGCUCAAUAUUGAUGGCUUCGUACUCUGUAUAGACGUAAGCAAAGGGUGCAAUAGAAAAUUCGAAGAUCAGAUGAAAUUUGUCCACAGCCUUUACUCUCAGAUUUCCAAGACAAAGAAGCCCAUUAUCAUUGCUGCAACAAAAUGCGACGAGUGUGUGGAUCAAUACCUGAGGGAGGUUCAGACGUUUGUCGCAGGUAAAAAGAAUCUCGUGCUGGUGGAGACAUCGGCUCGAGCGUCCGUUAACGUCGACCUCUGUUUCAAUGCUCUGACGCAGCAGAUGGACAAAACUCGAGGUAAACCCAAAAUCAUCUCUUAUUUGGAAGCUUACAAAUCCCAGAGACAAUUAGUAGCUUCGGUCUCAGACAGGUUUGAAAAACUCAUAGUUCAAAGCGUCAGAGACUAUCACAUGAGCUGGAAAAUUGUAAGCAAUAAAUUGAAAAACCACCCCGACUAUGAGGAGUACAUCAAUUUAGAAGGCACCAAAAAGGCGAGGAACAUCUUUUCCAAGCAUAUAGAACAGCUGAGACAAGAGCAUAUCAAAAGGCGAAAGGAGGAUUAUCUUACCAGCCUGCCAAAAAUUCUUAAUAAGUUGCUCAGCAACCUGGAGGAAAUCGAGACCCUGAGCUGGACUGAGGCUCAGAACCUUAUGAAGAGCAGGCCUGAGUUUCAGUACUGUUUCAUUGAGUUAGAACAAACCCCAUGGUAUGAAACAGACCACCUUGAUAAAACCGAUGACAGAAGAGUGCCCUUCGAUAUCCUCAGAACCAUGGAAGGAGAGAGGAUUUAUCAAAACCACGUCCAGCAUUUGAUAUCUGAGAAAAGGCGGAUGGAGAUGAAGGAGAAAUUCAAGAAGACACUGGAGCGAGUGCAUUUUAUUAGCCCCGGCCAACCAUGGGAAGAGGUCAUGUGUUUUGUCAUGGAGGAUGAGGCGUAUAAAUACAUCACUGAAUCAGAUCGGAGAGAUGUUUACAGCAGGCAUCAGCAGGAAAUAGUUGAAAGGGCCAAAGAGGAGUUUCAGGAAAUGCUUUUUGAGCACGCCGAGCUGUUCUAUGACCUGGAUUUGAAUGCGACCCCAAGCUGUGACAAAAUGAGUGAGAUUCAUGCUGUGCUUAAUGAGGAACCUAGAUACAGAGCUCUUCAGAAGCUUGCCACGGAUAGGGAGUCUCUACUACUGAAACACAUCGGGUUUGUCUAUCAUCCCACAAAAGAAACAUGCCUCAGCGGCACGGCCUGCGUUGAUCUGAGAGUCGAGCAAGUUCUGGCAAACAGGCUGGUCCAGCUGGAUCACGGUCGCUCGAAUAUUUACUACAACAGCCCCAACAUUGAUAAAGUUAACCUUUGUCUGGUAGGCAGAGAAGGACUGGCACAGGAGCUCGCGAAUGAAAUCCGAGCUCAGUCUACUGAUGAUGAAUACACCCUUGAUGGGAAAAUCUAUGAAUUAGAGCUUUUGCCUGUGGAUGUCAAUUCCGGCAUGCUUUUGAACCAUUCCUGGCUAUCGACUUUCAAGCCCCAUGGGUUCUUUUGUGUCUUCAGCUCUAUAGAGUCACUUAAUUACAUCGGUGACCGCGUAAGCCGGAUCCGAGCCGAGAUCGCCCAGAGCCGAAGGGAUAGGUAUACUCAGCCAGUGCCAUUCAUUCUUAUUCUAGCCAAUCAGAGGGACAGUGUUUGCACAAACAUGCCUAUUUUGAGGCAUCAGGGCCAACAGUUUGCAAAUAAGCUACAGUGUACAUUUAUAGAUAUACCUUCCGGCACUUUUCCGAGAAAGUUUAAUGAGUUUCAGAUAAAGCAGGCCCUCCGAGCAGUGUUAGAGGGUUUUAAGCACAAUUUCGAUAUGAUGGGCCCCAUGCCCUCCAUUAAAGAUUUGUCGGAGACGGAUUUGCGGAUAGUCAUGUGUGCCAUGUGUGGAGAUCCGUUCAGCGUGGAUCUCAUUCUUUCACCUUUUCUGGACUCGCACUGUUGCAGCGCUGCACAGCCCGGCCAAAGCAACACUUUGAUUCUUGACAAAAUCAUUGGCAACAGCCGCAGACGGAUACAGGUCACUGUGAUCUCAUAUCACUCCUCCAUCGGAAUUAGAAAAGACGAAUUGGUGCAUGGGUACAUUCUUGUCUAUUCAGCAAAACGAAAGUCUUCCAUGGCUAUGCUGAGGGCGUUUUUGGCCGAGGUCCAGGAUGUCAUUCCGGUUCAACUGGUGGCCAUUACGGACAGCCAGGCGGACUUUUUUGAGAACGAGGCGAUCAAAGAACUGAUGACGGAAGGGGAACAUAUCGCCACAGAAAUUACGGCGAAAUUUACCGCACUCUACUCCUUGUCCCAGUAUCAUAGGCAGACGGAGGUUUUCACCCCAUUUUUCAAUGAGGUUGUUGAGAAAAAGAACAACAUCGAAAGCUCCUUCAUGUUCGAUAACAGCAGAGAUGGAACGGGCACCACUGAAGAUGUCUUUCCUCAGUCCCCUCAUAGCCAUUCACCUGCCUACCAAUAUUACCCUGACUCUGAAGAUGAUGGAGAGGGGCCGCCACCUUACAGCCCAAUAGGGGACGAUGUCCAGCUGCUGCCCAAUCCUAGUGAGCGAAAAUACAGAAUCGACCUUGAAGGAAACGAAUACCCAGUUCACAGCACACCUAUUGGAGAUCAUGAGCGUAAUCACAAAGUGCCUCCCCCGGUAAAACCCAAGCCCAAUGUGCUGCCCAAACCCAGCGUUAAAAAGCUGGAUCCAAACCUCCUGAGGACCAUUGAGGCUGGAAUGAGGAGCUCCAGGUGGACGCGCGGACCGGCGACGGGUCACGGCGACGACCUCGAAGCAUCCGACAACUAUGCAGAACCCGCGGAUACUCUUCUCAAAUCAAAAGGCUACGGUGAUGACAUAUACGCCGUACCUGAAGAUGCACACGGCAGAUCUGGUAAAAUUCGUAAUUCGUUUGGUGGGCUUGCUCUGCACGGGGAUGCGGAGAACGGCUUUGACUCCAUGUCUAAGUCUCAGAUUGGCAGAAGGCCUUCAAAGUACAAACAUCGUUCCAAAAUCCUCUUUAGCAAGACUAAGGCUUAUCAUAGACGUGUACAUUCGGACGUCAGUGAUGAUGAAGGUGGGGCAGCGACACAGAAGAAGAAGAAAGGAAGGGGCAACCGAGGAAGCGAAGAGGACCCUUUACUUUCACCAGUGGAUCCUUGGAAAGGAGGGAUAGACAAUCCAGCCAUCACAUCAGAUCCAGAGCAGGAUGAAAAAAAAAUUAAGAAAAAGAAAGCACCAAAGACCAAGGAACCCAAAAAGACAAAAUCAACAAAGACCACAAAGCCAUUGUACCCACCCACUCGAAGAAACUGGGAGAGCAACUAUUUUGGGGUGCCUCUUCAGAACUUGGUCACACCGGAUAGACCCAUUCCUUUGUUUAUCGAGAAGUGUGUCGAAUACAUUGAGCGAACGGGUCUCACUGCAGAGGGCCUUUAUCGAGUGUGUGGAAACAAAACGGAUCAAGACAACAUUCAGAAACAGUUUGACCAGGACCACAGUAUAGAUCUGUUUGUGAUGGACGUGGCCGUGAACGCCGUGGCCGGGGCUCUGAAAGCUUUUUUCGCCGACCUUCCUGAUCCCCUCAUACCGUACAGUCUCCACCCAGAACUAGUAGAAGCAGCCAAAAUUGUAGAUCACUACGAAAGGCUGCAGGUGCUUAAGGAAAUUGUACGAAAAUUUCCUCCUGUAAACUACGAAGUUUUUAAAUAUGUCAUCACUCACCUCAACAGGGUAAGUCAACACAGCAAGACCACGCUGAUGACCGCCGACAAUCUCUCGAUCUGUUUCUGGCCAACGCUUAUGCGGCCGGACUUUGAGAACAAGGACACGCUCUCCACCACCAAACUCAACCAAUCCGUCAUCGAGUCCUUCAUCCAGCAGUGCCAGUACUUCUUCUAUGGCGGUGACAUCACGGAGCCCUCGAGCGCCGAGGGAACCCCUCCUCCGCACGGCCACGGCCUGGAGUCGCUUUUGGCCCUGCAGCUCCCUCCUCCCCUCCAACCUCAGCAGAUCCAACACCCGCUGCCCCCCGAACCGCUCAUAUAGACUUCGCGUUCGUCCUCACGUUCGCAGCACGCAUGCACACGUGCGUGUAAACCUCUUAAAAAGUGAAUUUUGUACAAAGACAGAUGUGACUUGUUUUUUUUCUGAGCUGUUCCUUUUUUUAAUUUUCCCUUUUAUUUUUCCUUGGCCAGACUGAAUGAGAGACUGAAAAAAAAUUUAAAGAAAAAUGUCAAUGUAAAUUUGACACGCACAUACGCUAAAUUCAAACAUCGCUGACAUACGGAUGAUAUAUUUAUAAUGCCUUUCUUUUGUUUUCUAUAGACAAUGAAGUUGUCAUUCGCUCACUUUAAAACCAACACCAUAUGCACGGCGCCCUGCCAAUUUGUCUGCUUGUUUGCUUUUUGUUUCGAUGAACUAAUUUUAGGAUAUUUUUAUCGCAUAGAAAGCAGUAGGGUGGUGGAAUCCAUCUCCAUUUAUAAAAUCAGUCUGCCUAAGAUGCACUUUGUCCUGCAGACGUUGAACCACGGGCCAAUCGUGCCUCGAAAACCACAGAAGGGAAAAAGCCCACUGCUACUAUUUGGCACAUCUCAGAGAUCCGGGUGUUCCUGGUUAUCUCGGUUUCGUUUAAUGUUUGUUUUCGGUUGCGCAGACCACCGUUGAAUUUCCAUGGUCCCGUUUAUUCACCUCGGAACUGAAUUUGCAUGUCUUUCCAUUUGUAAUGACUAAAAGAUUAAAAGUGGAGGAAAAAUGUUUAAUGCUUAACUGUUUUUAUGCCAGUUUCGUUUUUUUUUUAAUCUAACUUCUUUAAGGGAACAUUAAAGUGGGGUUAAAUUGUUAUUUUUGUUUGUUCGUGACACUCCAUAGUUCGACUUUCAAUAUCAUAUUUUGGCAUUGUUUCCCUAAAAUAGGAAAUUUAAAAAAUAUCUCUAUAUAUAUAUACAGUAUAUAUAAAUAAAUAUAUAAAUGUCAGCUUUAUUCGACAGCUGACCAAACGAAAACCGCGGGGUACUGGAGCUCUGUAUAAUCUUGUAAAAUCUAUAAUCAGAUUUCAUUGUGGUAUGAUGUAUUAAAAUUUGGGGUUAGAUUCAUUGACUGUGUACUUAAUUCCCUAUAUAAAUAAAACUGUUUUUAUUAGAUGGUACUGAAUUUUGUUCCUGUUAACAGAUGCUGUGUAGAAAGCUUGCAGUGUUUGUUUGGAAUACAGCACAACACAGAUGUUUAGUUUGGUGCGAGUGAUCGUUGUGUGUGAACGGAUGGAAAAGUUUUUCGGGAAAGCUUUGUAAGACAGGAUUUAUAUCUCAAUUGAAUCACUAAAACUGAGGAAGGGCUCAAUAGGGUAAAUGUGCCGCUGCUAGGAUCCCAUUAGUCUAGUUAAAAAAAGAGCAACAUUAUGUUCAUAUGACUGCCUCAUAUGAUGUACAAACUAAAUAUUUUAACAUCAUCUGCUAUGUAUUAUAGUAAAUAAAUGAUUUUGACAAUUGA